UUUGCGCACAACGUGGGUUCGCGGCCGUGCGAGCUAGAGUCCACAUGAGCCUGUUGCCAGUUAUUGAUCCUGACACGAUUAAACAACACUGCAUUGCUGUCAACUACGAAAACAAUUCUGGUCACGCAGCGUUUGUAAAAACGCAAUCGAGAAACGGUCGCCGGAUUUAACGUGCGCGCGUUUAUAUAUUUCACGGGAACCGUGGUCGCCGCGUCGAAAAUGUGUCGUUGUGCUUUCACGACGUCAUCGUUGUUCUGUCAAAAUGUAGAGGAGGCUCCGCAAGACUUGAAAUAUCGAUGAGUGACAUUCGCCACUGAUACCGCGGAGAUGUCAUCGGGAGUUUUCCGCGCGAGAACGAACUCUUAAAUAAACAGAAUACGUACGCCGUCUUAAUAAGAAUUAUUUCGGUACACCGUGUUAAACGUUCGCCCGAAAAAUCUUCUCGGAAAGCGUCGCGCGUAUAAUUGUACAUUUUCCGAACUUAUCACGGGGAACACUCGAAUUUGUGUUACCGUCGCACAUGUGAUCCUCUAGGCAUCGUCUUCGGUCCGUAAUGAAGAAGUUCACAAUUAAAGGCGUGCUCGACGGGUUCCGAUCGUCGGUACCGCAACCCGUCAAACCCGAUCAAGAGAUCGUCGAAAAUUUACGGCCGGAACACUUUCAAGUGAAAAAGACAUUCAGACAUGGCUUUCCACAUCAGCCGACAGCGGUGGCAUUCGAUCCAGUUCAAAGGCUCCUUGCUAUUGGCACUAAAUCCGGAUCCCUCAGGAUUUUGGGUCGGCCAGGUGUGGAUGCACACGUGAAGCACGAGGGGUGUACAGCUGUAUUGCAAUUGCAAUUUUUAGUGAACGAGGGAGCUCUGGUUUCGGCGACCGCAGAUGACACUUUACACUUAUGGAAUUUUCGACAGAAAAUACCGCAGGUCGUGCAGAGUCUCAAAUUUCAAAGGGAAAGAAUAACAUGCAUCCACCUACCGCUGCAAAGCAAGUGGCUGUACGUUGGUACAGAACGUGGGAACAUACACGUGCUGCAUAUCGAGACGUUCGUUCUUUCCGGAUACGUAAUUAAUUGGAACAAAGCUAUCGAAGUAUCUAGAAAGACCCAUCCUGGUGCUGUAGUACACUUGAGUGAUAAUCCUUUAGAUUUGAGCAAGAUGCUGAUAGGAUACGAGUCUGGCCAGAUGGUUUUCUGGGAUUUAAAAUUGAAGAAUGCCGAUUACAGAUGCCAAACCGAUGUACCGUUGAAAUCAGUAUCGUGGCAUCACGAGGGGAAACAAUUUAUGUCUAGUCACACCGAUGGCUCUCUAAUAACUUGGACGGUGCGCCAAGUGAAGCCGGCAAAUGUCACGCAUCCGCACGCGAAAACGACUAAAGAUGGUGAGCCGGAACCUUGUAAACCGAUACAAAAGGUUGAAUGGAAGCUCUCGAGAUCAGGGGAGGCGUACAUUAUAUUUUCCGGUGGUCUGGCGUGCGAUACAACUGGACGAACUCCAAGCAUAACGGUGAUACAUGGGAAGACCACCACUGUGUUGGAGAUGGAGCACAAUGUGAUAGAUUUCAUAACACUAUGCGAAAGCCCAUGGAACAGUGAUUAUCAGGAUCCAUAUGCUGUUGUGGUUUUACUACAAAACGACUUGGUUGUGAUAGAUUUAUUAACAUCCGGAUUUCCGUGUUUUGAAAAUCCGUAUCCGAUGGACAUACACGAAUCGCCGGUGACGUGCUGCGCGUACUUCGCGGACUGUCCCUCGGAUCUAGUGCCAGCUUUUUACUCAGUAGGAUCCAAGUCCCAAAAAAAAACAGGGUUCAGUGAAAGGGAUUGGCCGAUAUCCGGCGGCGAGUGGAGCUCAAGUUCUAGCAGUUACAAUGAAAUUAUUUUGACCGGUCACGCUGAUGGCAGUAUAAAGUUUUGGGAUGCGUCGGCGGGCACGUUACAAGUUCUUUAUAAAUUGAAGACGGCAAAACUUUUCGAGAAAGGUAGAACGCGUAGUAUAGACUCGGAGGAAGACCCAUUAGCGAUACAGCUCAUCUUCCUUUGUCCCGAAAGUCGGAAAUUAGCGAUCGCCGGAAGCGGAAGACACGUUGUUUUAUUUAAAUUCAAAAAAGUUGAGAGCAUGUCGGAAAUAAUGACAUUGGAGGUAUCGCUAUCGGGUGAGUCUGGGAAAGAAGUCGAGAGCUCAUCCGAUCAUGAUUCUCCAGCUGGUAACACGUCGGGAACUGGCGAAUCAAAAAAUAACGAGACGAAUCAGUCGCUUACAGUUAAGACCGGUUUACACAAAAGGGCUGCAGGUUUUCAGGCAACCUUGAUCUGCCUGACCGUAGCCCCUACUGGAGAACAAGCUGAAAAUAUAACUGCUCUCAGCUUAAACUCCUCUUAUGGUCUGAUGGCUUACGGGAACGAGACCGGUAUAGUGAUAAUUGAUAUUGUGCAGAAGAUAUCAUUAAUUGUGUUGAACACGGCGGACAUCGGUGGUAACAUCGACCCGUGUCAACGUGUGCUACGCAGCCCGAAACGUCAGGACGAUUCGAAACGGGACAACGACGACAAAGCAAGGAGUCCAAGCGCAGAUCAGCUAACUACGUGUCUGCCUACGUUGAAACAAAAUCUCGGAGAGGCUACCGUGAAAUCCGAGGGAUUGUUAGCGACGGUAGCCGGCGACGGUGCGCAACAGUCGCAGCAACAAUGCCCGGUUCGCGGUGAAUCGCAUACCGGAAGCGGUAACGAGAAACCCGGGAACGUCGACGAAUCCGCGAGUGAAACCAGUAAACCGGGAUGCGCGCCGAGCGAAGAAGACUGUGCCAAGAAUCACGGGUGGAAAAAAGGAUUCAGUCUGAAGAGGCAACUGAGCAAGGUUGAUCUGAAAAUAAAAAGUACUUUCACGCCGACAUUGGUGACGUCUCAGAAUGGGGUAGGCACCGAUCAGAAAUCUUCCGUUUUUUACUGUAACGUCAACGAAACCGCGAGUUCGUUGUCACCGGUCGAUAGUAGUACCGAGGCAUCGCCGUCGUCUGAGGGUACGACGCUACUCGGACGCGAGAGUCCGUUGAACGACGAGAGAAAGAGGAUCAACCAGGAGGCGAAGAGCCCGAUGAACGAGGGCGACGUUAACGCUAGCAGAUGGUUGCCGAUCGCCGAGAGCGUGAUCAGUAAAUCGGACGCCGUGCGACCGGUGAAUUUAACGUUGAACGCGACGACGGCCGAGAACGAGCUGAAGCCGCCGCGGCUGAGGAAGAUUGUCAAGAUGAAACAGCAAGCGAAACGAAGCGAGGGUCGUUUGUUGUCCGCGCCGAACUUGAAAUUCAAUAAGAACGACGCGAUGAUAUGCGACCUAAGGUGCGAGGAAACGAGUACGGCGCCCGAAUCAUUCACCGGGAAUCUGAUAAGGCGAUUCAGUCGGGUAGACAAGUACGACAGUUCGUUUCAACGAUCAAGGAGCUCGAGCAUGUCCUCGCUCGAGAACAUCAUCACAGAAACCAUCAGCUGCCUUACGUUCGCAGAUUCCUACACGAAAAAGAGUGAUACCAGUCCUGUACCAACCCUUUGGAUCGGUACGUCUGUAGGGUCUAUACAAACGGUGAUAUUUAAUACACCUUCUCGUACAGAACGACACGCUCAUCCAGUCGUCGUUUCCACGUGCAAUGGAUCUACAUUUAGGUUGAAGGGGUGUAUUCUGUCAAUGUCCUUCUUAGAUUGUAACGGUGCUCUGAUGCCAUACUCGUACGAGUCCUGGAAAGACGAUAGUACGGACAGCAAAGAACGAAAUAGGAGUUCAGGUAAAUCUACGAACAACCGGAUGUCUCCAUCGAUGAACGCGCAAAUAACUACGGGGGACGGGUUCGAGGAUCGUCAAUUCGUAGUGUUAGCAUCCGAGAAGCAAGCGAGGGUCGUGGCAUUACCAUCGCAAAACUGUCUCUACAGGCAACAGUUGGCCGAGACUCACAUCGUCAUUAAAGCAGAGAUUACGUCUAUAAACGAUAACGUAUGCCUCGUAUGCUACAUUUCGAACGGGCACGUAGUUACGUAUAGCUUGCCGAGUCUGAGAGUGCUGAUAGACGUCGAUUUCCUACCUCUUAUAGACUUGAGUUUUCAGACUACAAAACAUGGCAUUGUAGACCCCAUGUUGUCCAUAUGGGGUCACCAACUCUUUGUAAAUGGCGAUACCGAUCAAAUUGCAAAGACACUGUGCCUCAGCAACAGGGGCCAUGGUUUGUAUCUCUCGUCGCCCACCGAGAUCCAGAAGUUCUCCGUGUCCAGUCAAUUCUGCUCUGAGUUGACUGAAAUGAUGGGAGAUUUAUUCACUGGGCACGACAUGCCCGAACCGCCGAAGGAAAGUUUCUUCAGAGGUCUCUUCGGUUGUGGAGCUCGAAGCCUGGACAGAGAAGAAUUAUUCGGCGAGUCGAGUGGUCGAGCGUCGCGCACGGUGGCGAAGCAUAUACCAGGACCGAACGCGGGUGCGGAGGGUAUUCGCGAACGCGUGACGACGGCGACGGGCGAGGUGAACAUGGCUCAUCAAAUGGUCCUCGAGCGUGGCGACAAACUGUCCCAGCUGGAGGAUCGUUCGGCGCGUAUGAUGACCGAAUCCGAGAGCUUCGCCCAGUCGGCUCACGGGCUGAUGCUCAAGUACAAAGACAAGAAAUGGUAUCAGCUAUGAGAACGUUCGAGUCCGAAUUCGAUCCGAGCAUGGGACGGCGUGCCAUCGUAUUGUAAUUUAGCGUUUACGAUUCAUCUGCGAGUUCUGUCGUACUAAACACAAAAAAAUCCGAAAAAAAAAAAUACAACAGAACGGGAGGUUGUCUUGAAACUCGA